UUACCCAUUAGUAUUUGAAACCACACAAAUCCUCCUAUCCUUCUUCUUCAAACAUUUUUUUCACCAUGGGUAGGAGAAAAGUUACACACCAAUUGAUCACCGACAACGCCACUCGCCGAGCUACAUUUCAAAAACGCAAAGCUGGUUUACUGAAAAAGAUCAAUGAAUUAACCAUCCUUUGUGGUUUACCAGCUUGUGCUAUCAUUUACAGCGAGUACAAGGAUGGUCCUGAGCUCUGGCCAAACGUUAACGAGGUUCGUUCUCUUCUUGACAGGUUAAGCGAGCUUCCAGUUGAGAAACAAAUCAAAUACAUGAUGGACCAAAAGGAUCUCAUGGAGAAAAUGAUUAAGGACGCAGAGAAGAAGUUGGAGAAGGAGAAGAAGCAUACUCAUGCUAUGAAUCUUGGGAUAAUGGCUUCAACCAAUGAUCUAACCACUGAAUCAGAUUGUUCAGAGGAACUGGUUAAAGCAGCCGAAGUGGUUGACAAGAAGCUCAAACUCAUCCAAGAGAGAAUCAAGGCUGUGGAAGCAGGAGCCCCCAUCAUCAUGAGAGAUUAGUCUUAUAAAAAAAUUAUUAUCUUAUUAUCUAAUUUAAUCUCAUCGUUUUUAUAAUUGUUUUCAGAUUACGAUGUUUGGAUUAAUGGUGUUGACAUUUAUGUUCUAUGAUUUAUGCUUUGCAUUCUUAAGAAGGACUAGGAGAAUUGUAUCAAUCUCGUUGGCCUUUGUGUUGUGUAAUUUUUCAUAGAUUUAAUAGAAUGGAUACCAUGAGUGAUAUAUUCGGUUUAUGACCAGAUUUGUUUUA